AUGGAGAAAUAUUCGCUUUUCAUUUGUUUGUUAGUAUGCGCCACAGUGUUUUGUUUCGAUUAUGAAGAAUACGGUUCGAAGAAAUCAAAAGUUUUGUCCAGAAGGAGGAGGUAUGUGACUUUUCCUGAAGGAUCAAGUUUUUCGUGUGCCGGCUGCGUAACCGUAGGUCUAAUCGGUCAGCCGUCUCCAACAACAGCUGCUGGAACGUUCACCUUCGGCCUGAAUUGGGGCAUAGCAUACGAGCUGCCCAAUGCCACCGAGACCCUGGCCUACUACCACCAGAAGUAUCGACUGAAGCACCAGAAGGCAAUGACGCAGAGGAGGAACAGAAGGGACCUGUAUGGGAAGUUGGAGCUGAUUUUGGAAAACAUGGGGUACAGUGGGAGACAGUGUGUACUGAAGACUCUAUGUGAAACGAAACAGCGCAUUGUGCCAGGGGGCAACAACAUGAUUGAAGAAAUGUUUAGGACUAUCUUUACGCUGCCAAUGUCAAAAGUCCUCCCCGUGGAACCUUUAGAACAUUCCAUCUACGACUCGGCCCAUCGCCUCAGUAACAUUCUCUCAGACUGUGAUAAGUACUCCUGCCCAAUAUCUUUAGUAGACUGGGCUAUGGGCUACUACAACGCACCAGCCCCACAAGUGGACACAGCGAGGCAACCGUGGGCAUUGUUUAGCAGUAACUUUGGAUAA